AUGCACAGUACAUCUGCAAACAAUCGGAAGCCCAUACGUGUAUGGGUCGAUGGAUGUUUCGACUUAGUCCAUUUCGGACAUGCCAAUGCUCUUCGUCAGGCUAAAUCACUCGGGGAUCAGCUUAUCGUUGGAAUUCACUCUGACAAAGAAAUCACUAAACAUAAAGGACCACCAGUUUUUCAUGAAAAAGAACGUUAUCGGCUAAUCAGAGCUAUGAAAUGGGUCGAUGAAGUAGUAGAAGACGCACCAUACUUUACCUAUGUGAAAACGUUAGAAAAAUAUUCGUGUGAUUUCUGUGUACAUGGAGAUGAUUUGGUGGUAUCCAACGAUGGAUCGGAUCCCUAUGCAGAAGUUAAAACAAGUAAUCGAUACAAAGAAGUUAAACGAACUGAGGGUAUAUCUACUACAGCUUUAGUUUCAAGAAUGUUAAAACGUAUACAACAAUUGCAAGAUCAAGGUACCUAUGCAUCGCAGUUCAGUUCAAGUACAGAGUAUUCGAUUCGCCGAACACAAUCGUUAGAUUCUGUAUUAAAAAGUAAAGAUAAAUUUAUGCAUCCUUGUAAGACAAAUGAAACAUUAUCACCCAUAUAUCCCGGUCUAAAUUCAAAUUGUUCUAAAGAUAGUGACGUGGCAGAUUCGAUUAAUGUUUCAAUUUGGUCUACUGGUGGCAUGACGUAUAUGCCGAAUAUUUUACGUAUAAGUCAAUUUUGUUCUGGACAAUUUCGUGAACCUAAUAGUAAUGACAUUGUGGUAUAUGUACCGGGUACAUUUGACCUAUUCCACAUUGGUCAUUUAUCAUUCCUUGAGCAAUGCUUAAAACUUGGGAAUUAUCUGUUGGUUGGAUUAUACUCGGAUAAAACAUCGUCAUUUGAAAGCGGACGAAUGGGCUCAAUCCUCACACUUCAAGAACGACUGUUAUCUGUACUGGCCUGUCGAUACGUGAGCAAUGUAAUCAUUGAUGCACCAUAUGUAAUACCUCCCAGUCUUUUGGAUCAUUUCAAUGUAAAUUAUGUUGCAAUAGGUUGGGAUAAAAAUCUUACACCAACAUUAGAGGGCUUAGACCCGAUGAUGGUUUGUAAAGAACGAGGUAUUCUUCGUAGAAUCGAUAGUGGAUGUAAUGUUACAACUUCACUUGUUAUAUCCCGUAUUAUGAAAAAUAGACUUCUUUACGAAGAACGGAAUCGGAAAAAAGUGAGUAAAGAAAUGCAGUUGGCGAGUAAAUUCUUGACAAAUAAUUAA